AUGGACAGGGCCUCUCCGGCUGCCGGCCGGGCUCAGCCCGAGAUGGCCCAAGUCUCCUUUCACAUCCCGGCCGCCUCCCGGAGGAGCUCACGGCACGAGUCCGCAUUCGCGACAGACCAGCACUCGCUCGCCGACGUCCCGCAGCAGCGAGAACCGCCCGAGAUGCCGCCCGAGUACAUGACGCCCGACGUGCGCAACGCCAUCCGGACAAUGAACGCGCGGUUCGACUGGACCUCGCCCUCGGACCCGGACAACCCGCGCAACUUCCCGCUCGCGUACCGCGUCUUCAGCACCGUCGCCAUCACGUCGCUCGCCACCGUCGCCACCGUCGCCGGCGCCAUGUAUGCCCCCGCGCAGGACGACGUAGCCGCCUAUUUCGGCUGCAGCCACGAGGUCGCCGUCCUGCCCCUGAGCAUGUAUAACCUGGGUCUUGCCUUUGGUCCGCUCGUCGGCGCGCCCCUGUCCGAGACGUAUGGGCGCAAGGCCGUAUUCGUCUUCACCGCGCCCGUCUUCGCGGCGUUUACUCUUGGCGCUGGCUUUUGCGAUAGCGUGGCCGCGCUCAUCGUGUGUCGCUUCUUCGCUGGCAUGUUUUCCUCGUCGCUCAUCAACAAUGCGCCCGCCACAAUCAUCGAGUCCUCGGAGGGGAGCUUUCGCGGCGCGGCACUGGGUAUUUACUACACACUGCCGUCGUUUGGUGCCUCCUUGGGUCCGCUCAUGGGCGGCUUCAUCGUCGCGGCGUCAGGCUGGCGGUGGACGCAGUGGGCGUCGGUCAUCCUGGCGUUCGCAUUCUACAUCCCCGUGUGCUUCACGCGCGAGACGUACAAAAAGGUCAUUCUCCGCCGCAGGGCCUUUCGCAUGGGCCUCGACACGUCCUCGCAGCGCACAUCGCCCGGCCGCGCGUUUCGGUACUUUGCGACUGUUCUGAUCCAGCGGCCCAUUCACAUGCUCUUCACGGAGCCCAUCGUCACGCUCGUGAGCUUGUACAAUGGCUUCCUGUACGGCCUGCUCUACACAUUCGUCAUUGCGGUGCCCUGGAUCUUCCGCGAGUACUACCAGUUCAACAAGACCAGCGAGGCUCUGUCCUUUAUUGGGCUCAUGAUUGGUACUCUCGCCGCGUCGCCUCCUUUGGUGCUGAUCGAUCUCAAGUAUUACCAAAAGAGACUCGCUGCGUGGCGCGCAACGCAUCCUCCGGAUGAGGACGGAGUCGAGGAACCGCUGCCGUCAGAGCACCGCCUCAUAGGUGCCAUGAUUGGCAGUAUCCUGCUCCCGACCAGCUUGUUCCUCGUGGCGUGGACAGCACAAUAUCGUGUCCACUGGAUAGUGCCCAUGAUUUUCCAGGGCGCCGUCAUGUUGAGCUCGCUGCUGGUCUACGCGAGCGCCAACCUAUUCAUGCUGGACGCUUACGGGCCGUUGUAUGGCGCAUCGGCCUCGGGCGGCAUGAUGCUUACCCGCUACCUCUUCAGCGCAGCAUUCCCCCUCUUUGCCCUGCAAAUGUACAAAGCCUUGGGUGUUGGAUGGGCCACGAGCCUGUUGGGCUUUGUAACGGUCGCCAUGGCCCCGAUUCCGUGGGCCUUUUGGAAGUACGGAGAGCAGUUGCGUCGCAGAAGCAAGUACGAGCGGAGUUCAUAG